UAUGUUUCUUGGGACAAGCAAGGGGAAGGUGACUGGAGGAUACUGGGAACUUGAGGUAGACGACGGGAGAAAACGCUGCCGGGAACCCCCCAACCAGCCUACCAAGACUAGGGAUCUGCAGCCUGAGGAACCCCCACCUGGGAACCGGCAGCGAUGGUGCUGGGUUGAACCGCCCGCCUGCCAGCUACUAAGCGAGCCGAGAGACCAAGAAUGGAGGGCCCAGCAGAACUCGGCCCCGAGGAGGUGCUGCUCUUCCUUGCGGAGCGCGGGGGCCGAGUCCGGCGCUCCGAGCUGGUGCAGCACUUCUCGGGCGCCCUGGGCAACGAGCCGGAGCGGCGCGCCCGCUUCAAGGAGUUGGUCAACGCGGUGGCUACCGUGCGCACCGACCCCGCCGACGACUCCAAAUAUGUGCACCUCAAGAGGAGGUUCUACGGAGGCCCACCGUCGCCCAAAGCCAUGCCCUCCCGGGACCUGCCCCACAUCUCGGUGACCGCAAAGGCCGAGCCCCGCGGCGGCGCCCCCGAGAGGCCCUUCGGCCAGGCAAAGGCGGGAGAGAGUAGCCUGUGCCUCCAAGCGGUGGCGCCCGAGGGGCUCUGGAGUCCGCUCUGCGAGCCCGGGGGAGGGGACCCUUCCGCUGCCACUCUUGGGCCGACCAGCUUGGCGGACGACGGCCGGAGCUGGCCGCCCCUGAGCAGCGGGGCCCGCAGGAGAAACUCGCGGCGCGACGCGCAGCCUCCGGCCGGGGGACCGGUCCCCGCGACCAGCGAGGACCUGGAACCCAAGUCCCACAGUCGCGAGGAGGCGGAAGGGGAAAGCUCUCACAGGGGGACCACCACCCCGAGGUCUCCUCGCCAAAACCUCAGGGAUCUUGAAAUUGGCAGCUCCCCGCAGCUGAAGAGGACCAUCUAUACUGGAAGCAGCAGCCCCGGGGGCUUCUCUGGGGUAGGACGCGGCAAAGGCGGGGCUGACUCUGACAGCGCAUCUGUGGCAUCGUCGUCGGCGGAGGAGGAGAGCAGCAGCGGAGGCUCGGUGACCCUGGACCCUUUGGAACACGCCUGGAUGCUCUCAGCCUCGGACGGCAAAUGGGACAGCCUAGAAACGUUGCUUACUUGCGAGCCCGGCCUGCUGGCUAAGCGGGACUUCAUCACCGGCUUCACCUGCUUGCACUGGGCCGCCAAGCACGGCCGGCAGGAGCUCCUGGCCAUGCUGGUCAACUUCGCCAACAAACACCACCUGCCAGUAAAUAUUAACGCCAGGACAAGUGGAGGCUACACAGCCCUUCACUUGGCAGCCAUGCAUGGGCACGUCGAGGUGGUGAAAUUGCUGGUGGGGGCCUAUGAUGCAGAUGUAGAUGUCAGAGACUACAGUGGGAAAAAGGCCUCGCAGUACCUGAGUCAGAGCGUCGCCGAAGAAAUAAAGAACCUGGUAGGAGCCCUGGACGAGGAAGACGGGGAGAGCGCAGCGAGCAGCGGAGGAGGGCGCUGGAGGUUUUCAAAGGUACUCCCUUCGCACCUCAUCACCUACAAAUUCUCGCAUGUCUUGGAGGAUGGAGGGGAUCACCACCACCACCAUCACCUGGCUGAGGGAUUGACUGGAGGCAAAGUAAAGGACCCAGGUCGCAAAGCUUCAGGUAGCUGUAGUGGGCGAAUAAAACCCAGACUCAACAAAAGCCACUUCCGAACCCAGAUCAUACACACCACACCCUGUUUCAGAGACCCCGAGCAGCCCCUGGAGGAAGGGGAGCAGGAAGAAGAGGAUCGGUCUCUUAAAGUCUACUUAUCCUCAUUCAAACUGAGACCGAAGUCCAAUGUAUUCGGGUAAAAAAAAAUUUGGGGGGGGAAUUCUAACUUUUGUUUGCCUUGCGAAAUAGAAUACUGGAUGUAAGCAAGUAAGUGACACUAGAAAAAAAACAUAGGCUAAAUUAUGCAUUCUUAUUUGGUGGAUUGGAAUGGGUCAGGGUCAGGGACAUUUCCCCCUAGUAUUCUGGGUGAAGUGGUUUUUCCAAAUGAUUCAUCAAACAUUGACCUAAACCUCUUUUUCUUAUGCCAGCCCUCUACCCUGGUGUCCCUGUUUGUGAGGACUAGAAAUGGAUCUAAAAUUGGGGGUACAGAAUUGAUGACUGAGGCUUUCUUUGAUUUAACCAUUAUUGGAUGCCAUGCAAAAUAAGGAAUAUUGCACUUUUAUGUAUAUGUUUUUGAAAGUAGUUACUAUUCCAAAAACAACAAGAAAUGCAAAUUGUAGUGAAACUUAGUGUUUGUUAAGUGUGAACAAAACUACAUACUCCCUGUAAUUUUUACUAAUUGCAUUUGGUUUUUAAGAUACUACAGAGAAUGCAAAAAUACUAAUUAGAGAAUUAUGUGAAUAAAAAUGGGAACUCUUGGUAUCCUAUUUGUAUUAAAAGUAGUGUCCAACUAUUUCUUAAAAAGCAAUUUCAGGUUUGAUCACUGAACUGAAAAAAAUACACAACAUUCACUUUUGACUUAAUUUGUAGUAUGCUUUCCUCUUAAAUAUCUCAUACCACUGCAUUUAGUAUUAAGGUACUUUAUUAGUAACUAUACAAAUUUUCAUUUAAAGAAAACAUCCUUAGUAAUCUAUGGUAUUUUUAAGUAAAAUACUGCUUUGGUUCUGAUUCUUAUCUUGUUUUGCUAUUCUAAAAAUUUAAAUUUGCUGAAGUUUUUAUUCUGGAAUUAUGUAACCAUUGGUUCUAUUUGACAUGACCCUACUUGUUGGUGCUUAGAAUUGAACUGUGUAUAGAAACUGUGCUGGUUUAGAUGAUUAACAAAAAUUGGCAUAAAUGUUAGUGGACCUGUGCUUCUGCGAAGUAAUCAUUAAAUCAAAGCAGUGACUCACUUGAAGCUCGCUUUGUUUUACUAAUAAAACACUCUCAUAGUCUCUAUGCUUUGUAGCAGUAUUUUGCAAAUAUUUAAAAUACUAAAUUCUUUCAGUUUUUCAUUGUUUCCUGGAAUCUUACAAAUCAGAGGUGUCAAACUCAUUUUCACUGGGAGCCUCAUCAGCCUUGCGGUUGCCUUCAAAGGGCCGAAUGUAAUUUCAACUCCUUAACAGUUAAGGAGUAGUUAAAAUUAUACAAUCCUAAAAUUAUUUCUGCCCUUUGAAGGCAACCGUGAGGCUGAUAAUGGCCCCCGGUGAAAAUGAGUUUGACAUCCCUGGUAUAGCUGUACAGUGAAGUUGUUGAAAAGCUAGAUAGUAAACCUACCCAGUUAAAAAUAGCACUUUAUAGAAGAGAAGAGAGAUAGUACUAUUUCCGAAUUUAAAUACUGCUGGCUGUUGAAUUAAAUGACAAAUAAUGUUCAUUAAAAUUAGAGAUUUACAUGUGGUUCUUAAUUACAUUCCAUUCAAAUACAUUAGUGUAAAUGUUUUAUUAUUAUAAAAUUUAAGUCAAUGGCAUAUUAAAUCUAUUUGUAACACCAAGAUUCAAAACAACUUUUGUGGGAGACUAAUUUCAACAAUUCCUUCUCCCUCAGUCUUUUUGGUUUUAUAAUUAAUGAAACAAGUAUGUGCAGGCUUUAGAGGUUAAGGGGUAAGUUAGUUUGGGGAGUGAAUGAAGUAAUGUAUGACUUGAACACAACUGCAGCCUUUAUAGAGGUCUUAGAUUUUUAAUUUCCUAAGUCAUAGAUAUUUGUAACAAGAUUAUCAUACCUCUCUAGAUUGAAUUUGUUUAAAGAUUAAUGAAAAAUUUUACAUAAAACAUACAAACUAUUAGCCAUUUAUGUGCCUUUAUCUUUGUUUUAGGAUUAUGGAAAUGGGCCAUGUAUAUUUGAGAAGCACUUUUUCAAUGCAUGUGUGUGGAAAAACAAUCUAAUUUUGUGUAAAUUAAAAAUAGGUUCCUUGAAGGUGAAAGCAAACUUUGCUCUGAAUUGUAUGCAUAUCUGUAUCUAGUGCAGAAUAAGCUAUAACUUCUCACUGAGGAAUCUUACCUUUCAUUGACAUGUAAAGCUAAAGUGAAUUAGAAAGAGUAGACACUUCCAAACCAUCUAAACAUUCUAUUAAACAGUCAGUAUUAAUCUCUUAAAUGUGUAUGUUACUAAUUAAUUGUAUAAAAUCUCUUGAUUUGCUAGAUCGUUUAGAGAUUUAGCCAAUACUUCAUUUAACUUGCUGAGUGUUCACACUAAAGCUUUUAAUAUCCCUGGUAUAAUUUAAACUUUCAAAAAUCAUUCUUAAGGGAAAUACUUGUAGCAUUCCUUGUCAUGAUGCCCUUAUGUAGCAUUUUUUUAACGCUACAUUCCUCUUAUUUUUCAAUUUCCAAAUCGGGAUUAUAAAGAGCAAAUGAUUUGUGUGAUUUGAUAUUUGUAGAGUUGUAUUUACCAUUAAUGGAAAUUGUGUCAGUUACUUAGAUGUUUGUUGAUAUGAAACUGUGGUUAGAAACUCAAAGAAUGUCCAUGUUUCUAUAGGUACAUUUGAAACUGAUGAAUGUAUGUCAUAAUUUUCUUCACGUUUGUGAUAGCUAUAUAUAAAAUGCAGCUAUCUUACAAAACUUGAAAAUCUGGUACUAUUUUACUCAUGCCUGAAAUCCUAGAGCCCAGGAUGCCUUGUUUCUCACUUUUUAAAUAAGGAAAAGUUUGGGAAUUUAGAAUGCAGUUUGUUUUGUCAAAAUAAAUUGUUCACACGAGA